CACACAUUUAGAAUGUCUUGUUUUCUGCCCUCACCCCGAGAACAUUUUAAUUCUCAUACCAUUUUGGAAGCCUGGUUUGUUUUCCCAAUACUGCAUUAGCCAUCUUGCUGAGUUUCACAGAGGCCUCCUCAGAGAGAGGUUCUGGCUUUCAUACCCCUGCUGGUCAACGGUGGCUGCCAAUGAUUUUAUUUUGGGAUAUAUUUUGCUCCUCGUAAAGUCCUGUUCCCCCUUUCUGUCAUUGCCCUUCUCCCUGGCAUACCUUGCCCUCGCAGUAACAUAUGGCACUUUCAUUCAGGUGAUCAGCUGGGCAUGUUGUUGCGUGCAGGAGCUGGGUCCGGUGUUGCUUUCAUUCGCUAAGUGACUGUCACUAAGAUGUUGUCCGGGCUGUUAGAAGGGAUGAUGAUUGUAGACAGAAACUCUCUGGGCGGAAGUGCCAGGACAGAGCUAGGCACCUGCAGAUUCUGUGGCCACAAGGUUCCCUCAAGUUUUAAGUGGUUGUAGCUUCUGCAGUCUCGUGGGUAUGAGGCGGCCAGUUAGAAGGGGGAUAGGGGGUGUCUCAUCACAGCUGUUUUGCUAGUUGGAAACAAUGGCUUGGCGGUGAGCGAGGGCCGGGAACAGGACCUGAGUCGCAGGCCUGCAGGAUGGAGCUGAGGAUUCUGAAGUGGGAUGUUAUUUUCUUUCACCUUGUAGGUACGCUGAAGGCCAAGGAGUACAAAAACCGUUGCAUGCAGGUCACGCUAACCCAAACCGGUACUCGUGGGAGCGAGGACUGUCUUUAUCUGAACAUCUGGAUCCCUCAAGACAGGAAGGGAGUAUCCACUAAUCUGCCGGUGAUGAUAUGGAUCUAUGGAGGCGCAUUCCUCAUGGGAGGCGGGCAGGGUGCUAACUUCCUCAAUAACUACCUCUACGAUGGCCAGGAGAUCGCAGUGCGAGGAAAGGUCAUCGUGGUGACCUUGAACUACCGAGUGGGGCCGCUGGGGUUCCUCAGCACGGGGGAUGCCAGUGUUCCAGGUAACUACGGACUAAAGGACCAGCACAUGGCCAUCGCGUGGGUGAAGAGAAACAUCAAGGCCUUUGGGGGCGACCCAGAAAACAUCACCAUCUUCGGGGAGUCGGCUGGCGCCGUCAGCGUCUCGUUACAGACACUAUCACCGUACAACAAGGGGCUGAUCAAACGAGCCAUCAGCCAAAGCGGAGUCGGCCUGUGCCCCUGGGCUAUCCAGGAGAACCCUCUCUUCUGGGCUACCAAGGUUGCAGAGAAGGUGGGCUGCCCUACCGACAACACCACGGCCUUGGGCAACUGCCUCCGGGUCACCGACCCCGAGGCUGUGACGAUGGCCUACCACCUGGAGAUGGUCAACCUGCCAUAUCCUCUAGUCCAUUACCUGGCUUUCACUCCUGUGGUUGAUGGAGAUUUCCUCCCAGACCGGCCAGAGAAUCUCUUCGCUAAUGCUGCAGACAUUGACUACAUUGUGGGCACAAACAACAUGGACGGGCACUUCUUUGCUGGCGUUGACAUGCCUGCUAUCAACCGCCCGCUUGUGAAGAUCACGGCAGAUGAGGUCUAUAACCUGGUGCGGGGGCUGACUCUGCAGAAGGGAGAGCGGGCAGCAAAUGCCACAUUCUCCCUCUACACCCAGUUGUGGAAUGACAACCCUGACCAGGAGGUCAUGAAAAGGACAGUGGUAGACCUGGAGACCGACUACAUCUUCCUGAUUCCCACGCAGCGGGUGCUUGCUCUGCAUAAUGCGAAUGCCAAGAAUGCCAAGACUUACUCCUACGUGUUCUCCCAGCCUUCUCGAAUGCCCGUGUACCCUAGCUGGGUAGGGGCAGACCACGCCGAUGACAUUCAAUACGUCUUUGGGAAACCCUUCAGCACCCCACUGGGCUACUGGCCUAAGCACAGGACCGUCUCAAAGGCCUUGAUUGCUUAUUGGACCAACUUCGCUAGAACCGGUGACCCCAACAAAGGGGAGUCUACGGUGCCCAUCGGGUGGAUACCCUACACGGGGGAGGACAGCUACUACCUUGAAAUCAACAGCGACAUCAACUAUGAUUCGGUGAAGCAAAGUCUGAGAGCCUCCUACGUGCAGUUCUGGAAUACGGUCUACCAGAGCCUGCCUGAUGUUCCUUCUACUUUCCUGGACUAGAGCCAGGCCAACCAACCAAUUCUGUUAAAAAAAAAACCUAGCCCAAUUCUGAUUAAAGGCUUUUCUGGCUGUG